AUGGCGCCACAAUAUCUUCAAGUCUCACAAAGAGAUGGCCGUCGCGACAGCAACUCGAUCAUCUCUCCCACUGGUCCGCCGCCCAAGACGGCUCUACAUGGCUCGCCAUCUACCGCAUCCGACGGCAUAUCACCCCGCGCCUCUCCUCAAACGCAGUUCGCCAACUGGAACAACAACAUGGGUCCCCGUACACCUCCCCAGCCUCUGUCGCAAUCACAACACUUGGCUACAACGACUUUGAAAGUGGAGGGCAUGACAUGCGGCGCCUGCACCUCGGCUGUAGAAUCUGGCUUCAAGGAUGUUGGUGGUGUUGGCAGCGUCUCUGUCAGCUUGGUCAUGGAGCGUGCUGUUGUCAUGCAUGACGCAUCCAUCAUUUCCGCCGACCAGGUCCGCGAAAUCAUCGAAGACCGAGGAUUCGAUGCUACUGUCCUCAACACCGACUUGCCCGCAUCAACACUGGAUGAUAUUUUUGAAGAAGAGUCGGAUCAAGACACCAUCGGCCUUGGCAUCACAUCUGCCUCGUCUGGCCUGAUGACCACAACCGUCAGUGUAGGCGGCAUGACAUGCGGCGCAUGUACUUCUGCCGUCGAGGGCGCUUUCAAAAAUCUUGCUGGAAUCAAGAGCUUCAACAUUUCCUUGCUGUCCGAAAGAGCCGUUAUCGAGCACGACUCCAAGUUGAUCAGCGCUGAUACCAUCGCCGAGACCAUCGAAGACACUGGUUUUGAUGCUGCAAUCGUCGAAUCAAAGCCUUCUGAGCCCGUACGGACCAAGAUGCUACCUUCGGCCAGGAGACAGAGCAGGAAGAACGACGUACUCUUCACAACUAUCGUUGCAAUCGAAGGUAUGACAUGUGGCGCAUGUACUUCUGCAGUAACAAGCGGCUUCAACGACGUCCCGGGCCUGUCGAAAUUCGACAUCAGUCUGCUUGCCGAAAGGGCUGUCAUUCUGCACGAUCCGACCAAACUUUCCCCCGAGAAGAUUGUUGAAACUAUCGAAGAUUGUGGCUUUGAUGCCAAGGUCUUGACUUCGCGCGAGGAAGGAGGCUCUCGUUCAAGGAGAGCAAGUAGCACUGUUGAAUUGAAGCUGUUCGGUCUCCAAAAUGCGGAAGCAGCUUCUGCUCUCGAGGCCACACUCAAAAAGCGAAAGGGAAGCACAGCUGUCAAGAUUGAUUUCAAAACUGGCAGGGCCUCGGUCGCUUAUGAUCCAACACAGACUGGACUUCGUGCUAUUGUCGAAUCGAUUGAGAACGAAGGCCUCAAUGCCUUGACUGCCGAGAACGACGACAACAACGCCCAGCUGGAGUCGCUCGCGAAGACCAAAGAGAUCCAGGAAUGGUCUAGGUCCUUGAAAGUGUCUCUUGUUUUCGCUAUCCCAGUCUUCCUUACCAGCAUGAUAUUUCCUAUGUUCAUUAAGCCUUUGGAUUACGGAAGCAUCAAACUUCCUCUGAUACCUGGAUUGUGGCUCGGAGACGUCGUUUGUCUUGUUCUAACCAUACCAGUCCAGUUCGGUAUUGGUAAGCGCUUCUACAAAUCUGCCUACAAAUCUCUCAAGCACGGCUCACCGACCAUGGACGUGCUUGUUGUUUUGGGAACUUCAGCUGCAUUUUUCUUCAGUUGCGCCGCUAUGCUAGUCUCAAUCUUUACACCGCCCCAUUCGAGACCUGCCACAACAUUCGAUACCAGCACCAUGCUUAUCACCUUCAUCAUGCUUGGUCGUUUCCUUGAAAACAGAGCCAAAGGACAGACUUCGGCGGCUUUGUCUCGCCUGAUGAGCUUAGCACCAUCAACUGCUCUGAUCUACACGGACCCAAUAGCAGCACAAAAGGCCGCCGAUGAGUGGGAUGGCGACAACGAGAAGUCCGAGAAGAACUCGCCAAGUGGUGCACUUGAGGAGAAGACUGUUCCUACGGAAUUGCUCGAAGUCGGCGACGUGGUCAUUCUCAAGCCCGGCGACAAAGUCCCAGCUGACGGUACUGUUAUUCGAGGCGAUAGUUACGUCAACGAGAGCAUGGUCACUGGAGAGGCGAUGCCUAUUCUGAAGACUAAAGGAAAGAACCUCAUGGCAGGUACUGUCAAUGGUGCAGGAAGACUCGAUUUCCAGGUCACAAGAGCUGGUCGUGAUACACAACUCAGCCAAAUCGUCAGACUUGUCCAAGAAGCCCAGACCAGCCGUGCUCCUAUUCAACGUAUGGCUGAUGUCGUCGCCGGUUACUUUGUCCCUAUCAUCAUCACACUCGGACUGGCUACCUUCACGGCAUGGAUGAUUUUGAGCCACGUCCUGCAAACACCACCCACUAUUUUCACUAAGGAUACCAGUGGUGGACCUUUGAUGGUUUGCGUCAAGCUCUGUAUUGCUGUCAUUGUCUUCGCCUGUCCAUGUGCGCUUGGUCUUGCAACCCCAACAGCUGUAAUGGUCGGUACUGGAGUUGGAGCGGAGCAAGGCAUUCUCAUCAAAGGCGGUGCAACCUUGGAAACAGCCACGAAGGUGACUCAUAUUGUUCUCGACAAGACUGGCACCUUGACCAUGGGCAAGAUGAGUGUAUCUCGAUCAGACGUGCAAGGCGGCUGGACCGCCGACGCCGCUAAGCUUCGCCUCUGGUGGACAAUUAUCGGUCUUGCUGAGAUGGGUAGUGAGCACCCUAUUGCACGUGCAAUCACGAACGCAGCCAAAACACAUCUCGGUCUUGGAUCAGAUGGCACACUCGAUGGCAGCGUAGGUGAUUUCGUGUCUACUGUUGGUAAGGGUAUCUCAGCUUCUGUAGAAGCAGCCAUCUCGCCUGAACGCAGACGCUACAACGUUAUGAUUGGUAACACCUCAUACUUGCGUUCUCAGGGCGUAGCAGUUCCUGAAGAUGCGGACGACACCAACAAUCUUGAAGCUAGCAGAGACGGAAAUGCAGCCUCGAAGCAGCAGUCUGCUGGUGUUACAACCAUCCACACUUCGAUUGAUAGGGUCUACACAGGCGCUCUAUCACUUUCUGACACUCUCAAACCUUCGGCGCCUGCUGCAAUCUCUGCUCUCCAGCGCAUGGGCAUCACCUGCUCGAUCGUCACUGGUGAUCAGGCCAGCACGGCUCACUACGUCGCCAGUCUUCUCAACAUUCCCAAGCACAAUGUCCACGCUGGCGUCCUUCCUAGCGGUAAACGCGAAAUCGUGGAAGAGCUUCAAGCCCAAGGCAUCAUUGUGGCCAUGGUAGGUGAUGGUAUCAACGACUCCCCUGCCCUUGCAACCGCGAACGUCGGUAUAUCGCUCGCCUCGGGUACGGAUGUUGCUAUCGAAGCUGCAGAUGUCGUACUUAUGCGCCCUGAUCACCUUCUUGAUAUACCCGCUUCUCUCGCCUUGUCCCGUGCCAUCUUCCGACGCAUCAGAAUGAAUCUGAUCUGGGCUUGUCUGUACAACGCUAUCGGCUUACCUAUUGCGAUGGGUUUCUUCCUGCCUUGGGGUCUUUCGUUGCCUCCUAUGGCUGCUGGUGCGGCAAUGGCGUGUUCGAGUGUCACGGUUGUGGUAUCAAGUCUCUUGCUCAAAAGAUGGCAACCGCCGAGGUACAUUAGAGAUGCUGCUGCUAAAGAGGUUGGGGAGGCCGAGUUGUUCGCGGAUGUUGGCACUGCGAUUCAGAGCCGGAGUGUCAGUGAUUGGAUAUAUGGACUUGUUCGUGCUGUGAGAGGGAAACGCGGAGAUGUCAAUGCUGACAGAGGCGCUUACGUGCCUCUGCAGAGGUUCGAAGAGGUGUAG